ACAAAAAGCUUCUGAAAGGCGAGCAAGGAACGGGAUAAGAGAGCAGAAGGAGCUAUACUUGGUGGACAGAACAGGACAGUUAUCUGAACAUCAUGGAUAUUCAUCUUGUUGUGCAGCACCCUAUAUCACUUCCCACCUUCUCUAAGAAUGUGAAAUCACAAUUACAAAGAAGGGGAUUAUCGGUCUCCUCUGCACUUCCUGAGACUGCAGCUUCUGUGGCAGUCGCUGCGACUCUUGUUGGUGCAGCAGCCACUCUUCUUGCAAAGAGAUCCAAAGCUUCCGAGCCCACACAGAUUCAAUUGAAAGUAUGCGACGAUUGUGGAGGUUCUGGUAUAUGUUCAGCUUGCAAUGGUGAAGGAUUCAUGCUCAGGAAACGUUCUGAUGAAAGUGCUGAGAAGGCAAGAGUGCAAGCUAAGAACGCGGCUACUCGAUUCACGGCCGGGCUUCCAAAGAAGUGGAGCUACUGUACAAAGUGCUCUUCUGCUCGAAACUGUUCAACAUGUGGCGGUAGUGGGAACCUAAGCCCCUAGUUUAGCUUCACAUGUUCAAAAUGCACAGAUCCUCUUCAUUACAAAUGGUCUUAUUGAAAUCAAUGCUCAGAAGAAAUCAGAAUGAGUUAACAUGAUGAAGUAAAGAUGGUGAGUAAUUAACAUUCAGAUUUCAGAUCUCUCAGGCAUGAAGCAAAACUUUAUGUGUAUGUAUUGUAGCACUGUGCAGGCGUUGUGUUCAGAUUGAUUAUGUUGAGUCCUGAGAGAAUAGGAUAUGAAUUUACUGUUGAGAAGAUGAGUAAUGAUAUUUGUACAAACAUACACUCUUCAUAUACUCCUAUGCAAAUUGUUGGAUGGCACCCUCUUCCAUUGUAACAUUUUUUAAUUAUUCAGAUUAUGCAUAUACCUCACAGUUUUAGCAAA